AGACGUCAGUUUUUUUUGUCGAAUACUAUGUAAAAGCAGAUGGGCAAAAAUUAGAAAAUAUUUGUUUUGUACUUCGACAAACGCAAAAAAAAUUCUUAUUCAUAUUGUGUUUUUAUUAGUUGACAGUCGGCAAUUAUAAAAAAUAUAUUUUGUCUGAUAAAAAGUUGUAUCGAAUAUUCAAGUUGAAAAGCGACGCCGUUUGUUGGAAAAAUGAGUGAUAAAAAUUCAAGUGAUUCGAGUGGAUCUGAUUCCGAUAGCGAUAGUUCAUCAUCAACAUCAUCGUCUGGUUCAUCCAGUUCAUCAUCGUCAUCGGCAUCAUCUAAACACUCACGGUCAAAUGAACGCAACGUAUCGGUCGCUGAAAAAACUGAUGUGACCAAUAAAUCAGAAGACAAACAUGAUUCACCUAAAAAAGAGGAUGUGACCAAUAAAUCAGAAGACAAACAUGAUUCACCUAAAAAAGAGGAUACACCCGAAAAAACUAAUUCACCUGAAACGAAAUUAAAUCGGUCCAAAACGCCAGAAACCUCUUAUUCACCAUCGCCAUCAAAAGCUCCGGCAGCCACCGAUACUGUUGAUGCAACAAGUGAGAAUGGUGAAAUUGUGGAACAUACGCCGUCACCAAAACAAAAAUCACCCAAACCACAGCGUAAAUCCAGAUCAAAAUCAAAAUCUCGCAGAUCCAGGUCACGUUCACAUAAAAGACGUGACCGUAGCCGAAGCGAACAAAGAAAUCGUCGCAGUGGCGAUGAGAGGAAAGAUCGUAGCAGAAGGGACCGUAGCCGGAAUGGCAGACGAGAUAGGAGCAGAGAUGAGAGAAGAGACCGUAGCCGAGAUGAGAAAAGAGACCGCAGUAGAGAUGGGAGAAGAGAUCGUAGUCGCGAUGGUAAACGGGAUCGAAGUAAUGACAGAAGAGAUAAGAGGAGCGAUGAGCGAAGAGAUAGAAACAACGACCGAAAUAGACACCGAAGCCAUGAAAGACGUAAUGAUUUGGACAGACCACGUCGUUCAGAUAGAGAGCGAUCAAAAAGUAAAGAAAUUGAAAAUCCGGAAAAUAUUACAAAAAGACAACAAAAAACCGUUGAUAUAUUAACAUCGAAAACGGGCGGCGCCUAUAUUCCGCCAGCGAAAUUGCGUGCAUUGCAAGCUGAAAUUACGGACAAAACAUCGGCGGCAUAUCAACGAAUUGCAUGGGAAGCCCUUAAAAAGUCAAUUCAUGGUUUUAUCAACAAAGUAAAUGUGGAUAACAUUGGCAUAAUCACUCGUCAAUUGUUCAGGGAGAAUAUAGUUCGUGGUCGUGGUUUGAUUUGUCGAUCGAUCAUUCAAGCACAGGCGGCUUCACCAACAUUUACACAUGUUUACGCAGCUUUGGUGGCCGUUAUCAAUUCGAAAUUUCCCAAUAUCGGUGAAUUGUUGUUGCAUCGUUUGGUGAUUCAAUUCAAACGUGGUUUUCGACGAAAUGACAAAACCAUCUGUAUUUCGGCCACACGUUUCAUAGCGCAUUUAAUUAAUCAGCGGGUGGCCCAUGAAAUUCUUGCACUGGAAAUUCUCACUCUAUUGGUCGAAACGCCGACAGACGAUUCAGUUGAGGUGGCCAUCGCUUUUCUGAAAGAAUGCGGCAUGAAAUUACAAGAAGUAUCGGCCAAGGGAAUAAAUGCGAUUUUUGAAAUGUUGAAGAAUAUUCUGCACGAGGGAAAAUUGGAAAAACGCGUUCAGUACAUGAUUGAAGUGGUAUUCCAGGUGCGAAAGGACGGUUUCAAAGAUCAUGUUGCUGUUACAGAGGCAUUGGAACUCGUCGAAGAAGACGAUCAAUUCACACAUUUAAUUAUGUUAGACGAAGCGACCGAUACACAAGAUGUGCUGAAUGUAUUCAAAUUUGAUCCGGCAUACGCUGAAACUGAGGAAAAAUAUAAGGGUUUAAGUAAAGAAUUGUUAGGAAGUGAUGUUAGCGAUGAUGAUGAUGACAAUGAUUCGAGCGGCAGUGAUAGUUCAAGCGGUAGCGAUUCAGACGACGAAGAAGAAGCCGAACCGGUGAAAGGCAACGAUGUCAUUAUUGAUGCCACCGAGACAAAUAUGAUUGCAUUGCGUCGAACGAUUUACUUGACCAUUCAUUCCAGUUUAGAUUACGAAGAAUGUGCCCAUAAGCUCAUGAGAAUGGAAUUGAAACCGGGCCAAGAAAUGGAAUUGUGUCACAUGUUUUUGGAUUGUUGUGCCGAACAAAGAACAUACGAAAAAUUCUAUGGAUUAUUGGCUCAACGAUUUUGUCUAAUUAAUAAAAUCUACAUUGGACCAUUUGAGGAGAUAUUCCGUAAUACGUACUCAACAACACAUCGAUUAGACACAAAUCGUUUGCGAAAUGUUAGUAAAUUUUUUGCUCAUCUACUGUUCACCGAUGCCAUAAGUUGGGACGUAUUGAAUUGCAUUCAGCUCAAUGAAGAAGAUACAACCAGUUCGAGUCGAAUUUUCAUAAAAAUUUUAUUCCAAGAAUUGGCCGAAUAUAUGGGCCUGGGCAAAUUGAAUACACGGCUCAAGGACCCAACAUUACAAAAUUCAUUUGCUGGCCUCUUUCCACGCGAUAACCCACGUAAUACAAGAUUUGCUAUUAACUUUUUCACAUCAAUCGGUUUGGGCGGAUUGACCGAUGAAUUGCGUGAACAUUUGAAGAACGCACCGAAAAUCAUUCAAACAUCAGCACUUCCAGAAAAAAAAGAAAGCUCAUCGAGCUCGAGUAGUAGCAGCAGUAGUAGUUCAAGCAGCGACAGUGAUUCCAGUUCAUCAAGUAGCUCAUCGUCAAGCAGCUCAAGCAGUUCGGACAGUGAGCCAAAGAAGAAGAAGAAGAAACGAAUGAGCAAAACAAACUCGAAGGAUAAAGGAAAAUCACAAAAAUCAAAGCAGAAAGCAUUCGAUGAGGAAAAGGAUAAAAGCGACCCUCGUAAAGACCGUGCUCGGAACAACCAUCGCAAUGAUGACCGUCGUAUUGAUGACCAUCGCAAUGAUGAACGUCGUGUUGAUGAACGUCGGACCGAUAGCCGAAAUGAUUCUUCGCGCAAAAGAAAAAUCAGUCGGUCCAAAGAGCGAGAGACCAAAUCAAGACGAUCGAGAGAUCGGUCUCAAUCCAAACGAGCUCGAAAUCAAUCGAAAUCAAGACGGUCACGGGAUAAGUUUCAAUCAAGACGAUCCAGAGAUAAAUCUCGAGAUCGAUCAAAUCGACAUGAACAGAACGGUCACAAACGCAGAAAAGAUUAACAUUGCUUUACCACAAAAUAAUAAACAAUUUUCAACAUCAAUUUGUAGCGUCAACAAUGACGAAUAAAUGCAUUUUAAAUUACAUUA